UUAGAGGAACUUUAUUUAAGCGGAAGUGCAAUGAGAGAGCUGCCACGUGUUGCUAUGAAAAAUCUCAAAAACUUACUUGGAAUUAGGAAGAGUGUUGACCCUGACCCUCGGCGUUUGGUGUUGUCUUCUCUAACUCAUUUAGGGUCUUUGACUGAAUUAGAUCUGUGUGAUUAUAAUAUUGGAGAAGGAGCCAUUCCAGAUGAUAUCGGCCGCUUGUCUUCUUUAAAAGGGUUGAAGCUUAGUGGAAACAAUUUCGUUAGCCUUCCCUCAAGCAUUAGAUUCCUUUCUGAGCUUGUGUAUCUUGAAUUGGAGAGGUGCAAAAGGCUUGAGCGAUUGCCAGAUCUUCCGUCAAGUAAAUACUUAUUCGUAAAUGUGAACGACUGUACUUCCUUAAAUGGGUUGUCAGAUCCAUCAAAGUUGAGCGAAGGAGCCAAUGUGUAUGAUUUUGGCUCUAGUUGUGUUAAUUGCUUCAGAUUGGUUGAAGAAGGAGGCUGGAUCUGGAUUAAUAGAAUAUUUGCAAUGAUAUUGACAAUGGCCACCUGUCCUGAUAACAGUUUUUUUGGGCCUUCUCAUACACACCGUUUUGCAUGGCUUUCUUGUACACACCGUUUUGUAUGGCCUGGAAGUGAAAUUCCAGAGUGGUUCGAUAAUCGAAGUGUGGGAGAUUCAAUAAUUGUGGAGCUGCCUCUACCUCCACAAACAUGCAGUGACUGGGUUGGGAUUGCUUUGUGUAUUGUUUUUGAAGAUUCUGAAACAUGCAGUGAGUAUGAUUAUUUAGAAAUUUACACAUCACCUAUGCGUUCAAUGGAUUGGACACCUAUGGGUUCAAUGGAUUGGCCUAAGUUUAAAGUCGGGCAUCUUGGGUCACAGCACCUUUGGGUUUUCUAUUUGCCUCGCGAUAAACCCAGGCUCAAGGACGCCUCAGGCAGUCAUCGGUUUUCAUUCGAAGGGCAUUAUUCUUUAAGCAGAUGGGAUAAUUAUAAACAUCUGAAUACAAGCUCAAUUAUAAAGAAAUGUGGAGCCCGUUUGGUGUACCAGAGAGAUUUGGAAGAAUUCAGCCGAAUUCUGAAAAUCCUUAUGCCAGCAGCACUACAGGCAUCCGAUGACGAGGAGGCAGGUCCAAUUGGUAGUAGCGGAAGUGGUAGCUCUGAUGACCAUGAUGAACCAUGAAUUUGGUUGCUCUAAUGACGACGAUGAACAAGGAAUUGGUAGCUAUGAAAAUGAACCAGGAAGUUAUAGCUCUGAUGACGAUGAUGAACCAAUCAGCAAAAGAUUCAACAAAGUCUAAAUUAUUUUGUGCUUGGUUCAAUCAUUCAGUGGGUCUCAAUAUAAUACUUGAAAGGCUAAUGACGUUGGUCAAUUCUCCGAAUUCACCUCAGUAAUUCACCUUUUCUUUUCAGUUUUCUUUGAGCUAUUUGUUUUAGUUGUUUAAUUUGCUCUCAAACUUAUUGAUCUGACUGAGUUUUUUCUUAUUAUAUUUUGGUUAUAUA